AUGGACAAGCAGGUCGAAAGGAACAAGAAGAAGAAGGACAAGGGAGGCAUAAAAAGGAAAAGGAAUAAGUACGAGUCUCGAUAUACAAGUUCCACCAGGCUUCAAGUACACCCCAAUUCCCAAACCCUCUUCGCUUUGAUGUUAGCUUCAAUUUCAAACAGCUACUUGCACAAUAUACCUGAUUCUGAACCCAUCUUAAUCCAGUGCUUGAAGCAACUUCGUCUCUCUCUGCUUUUCACUGCCCCCAAACCCAAUACCCACGAGACCCUCUUCGUCCCCAUCCUCUCGUUGCUUCCAGUUCUUCUAAAAUCCAGUUGUGCUGAGAUUGCAUGUAGAAGUGCAGAGAUUGUGGGGGCAGCAUCGCUGUAUUCAUAUGGGAUGAAUGCACAAAUUGCUUUGGAUGGCGAAAUUGUGAUGGGUUUGAUCUCUACAUUGGGAAAUUCUAAGAGGAGUGUAUCAAUGGCUGCCUGUAAUGCUGUUCUGGAUCUUUCCACAACGUCCUUCGGAAGACAACGGCUGCUGGAAUUCUCCGCUGUUGAGAAUCUCAUAUCCACCAUCUUGGCACCCACAGUCACCUACAAUGCACCCUUCUUCGAUUGCCUGAAAGAGUGUGGCGGUGGGUCAAAGGUGGAUACAUCGAUUCCGAGUUUUUGUUUCAUUCAGGUCCCUAAAUCUUCAGCAGCAUCGGUUUCUCUAUUCAUUGAGGAAAAGGGCACUGAAGCCUUUCCCAGAAUAGGGUUGAAAGAAGAUGAGUUUCUGGUAUUGCUUCUUCAUGCUGCAGUUACUCUUAUUAACAGCUGCACGAUUGAACAGCUGGAGAAGAUCCCAAGGAAGCUCUCUGAAAGUUUACUGCUUUAUUUUAAAAAGCUAUGGGCAGAUGCACAUAAACAGAUGUUAUGUGGGAACAUUCUGAAAUUUAACCAGGGGAGACAUUCUUAUGUAACCAAUAUCAGAACAAAUACUCUAGCAGAAAACAUUUUCAGGCUCUCCAUAAAUGCUGGGCAAUUCACAAGACCUUCCAACUUCAAGAAAGUCGAGAGAAGCAUUUUCAGUUCAAGUGGGACUACUUUUGAAGAUUUUGUGUUGAACCAUUGGGAGGUAUCUCCUUUGCUUAUGAGGAGGCCUUCAAAAGCUUUGACUAAAGAAGAUGAUAUUUUCAGUUCGUUUCUACAACAUCUUAGCUCUGAAGGAGUUCUUUCUUUUAUUCAUUCAAUCCUCCAAAAUCUUACUUCUUGUCCAGCAAUAGCUUCGGAUGAGCUAAAUGUCCUUAGUUUUCUGAAGGAGGUGGAAAAUCAUCUAGGAUGUCCCAUAAUUUACCAACAGGACAUUCGGGUCCUAAAAACAGAGCAUUCAGAAAGAGAGAUGCAUUACUUUCAGGAGUGUUUAGGGUCUAGUUGCUCCCAGGCUCCUCAUUUUCUCUAUAUGGACAAUGUUUUGAGAUGUAAAGAAGCAUACAAAGAGGGAUACACAAUUACACUGCGUGGCAUGGAGUUUCGCUUUGAAAGUAUUGCUGCUAUUGCGGAUGGGUUAGCAUCUCUGUUUGGUCAACCAUCGGCAGGUGUGAAUAUGUACCUGACACCACCUGAUUCUCAAGGUUUGGCUCGUCACUAUGAUGAUCACUGUGUGCUUGUAUGUCAACUUCUUGGAGUCAAAAAAUGGAAAGUUUUUCCUCAGUAUAGUCUCCAUUUACCUCGCUUGUAUGAACCUGUUGAUAGCUGGCAUGAUAUGAAGGUUGGAACUCCAAUAAUGGAUGGGACCAAACAGUUUUUGCUUAGUGAAGGCGAUAUUUUAUAUAUUCCUAGAGGUUUCCAUCAUGAGGCAUGUACUGUCAUCGAUAAUGACUGGCCCAAUGGAAUUGCUGGGUGCUCCUUACAUCUGACUCUUGCUAUUGAGGUUGAGCCUCCAUUUGAGUGGGAAGGAUUCACUCAUGUUGCACUUCAUCUUUGGAAUCAGAAACAGAAUCUAUCUCAGCACACUCAUGGUGAUUCUUUGUUUUGGAAGUUGAAAGUUAUGUCUGUGAACCUAUUGCAUGUUGCAAUUAAGCUACUUGGUGACGUCGAUCCUACAUUUCGGAAAGCUUGCUUGGUAGGUGCGGUUUCAUCAUCCGUUACAGGAGGUUGGCUGGAUAGGAACCAGAGAAUGAUUUUCGGACAUUUGAUCAAUAGAAUUAAUUUCAAGUCAAGGUUCUCAGAUGUGCUUAGGCAUGUAGAAGCGGCUGUUCAGAGACAUGAAGAUCUGUUCCAACAAUUUAGGUGGCUUCAGCAUCUCAAUGAAGGAGAAAUGGUUGAAGGACACGACUCGAGUAUUCCUUUUGCUGGUAUUGAAAACUAUUAUCAUCUAGGUAGUCAGCAUAAGGACAAGGCAGAAGCAGCUUUCAUGGAGGUUAAAUCUAAGUUCUGUAGUGAGGUAGUUUUUGAGGAUGUAGAACAUGGGUAUAAGAUGCUACUUGAGAAGUAUAAGAAGGUGAGAAGGCAAUACACCAGUGGGAUGCUUUCACUGCACUGUAAUUGAGAAUAAACCUAAAAGUCUGGCAAUGCUAGACCUUUAGCUUCCCAGGGUCUUUUUUUUUUUUU